UCGCCGGAGUUCAGCUCCUGUCAGAUGUAUGACGUCAAUUACACCCGGCUGGUGCGUCAGCUGACGUCAGUGACGGCGCGGGACAACUCGUCCGGCCCGGCCCCGCUCCCCACCCCGUGGCCGGUGACCCCGUGUCGGCACGGGUGGCGCCACGAGCCGGAGAGGGGGGUGACGCUGAUGGCCAAGUUUGAGCUGGUCUGCGAGAACAGUCAGCUGACAUCUGCCCUGGUGGCCGGGGUCGGAGCAGGGGCCGCCGUCGGACAGCUCGUGGUCUUUUCCUGUAGGAACAGGGUGAGUCGCCGCUGGGCGUUCCUGUUCUCCCUCCUGUUCUAUCUGACCACGGGAGCCGUCUCCGUGACCUGCCAGAGACCCCUCUGCCUGCUGCUGACCGCACCCGCAGUGGCAGCUGCCGCCGGAGCUCUGGCGUACAACCAGCUCAGUCUAGUGCUGGAGCUGACGCCCGCCUCGUCUCACCACCUGGGUCACGUGACCGAGCGUCUGGUGACCUCUGGUGCGGUGGUGCUGCUGUCCGGAGUGGUGACCCUGACUCGACAGUGGAGCACGGCAGUACUGGCGGUGGUGCUGCCCUGCGCGGUGUUUCUGCUUUACUGGUGCGUGAUGCCUGAGUCGCCGGUGUGGCUGGUGAGCCGGGGUUACUGGUCAGAGGUGCACCGGCUUCUGGAGCGGAUGGCACGGGUUAACGGACAGCCCACGGACGCCGGCUACCUCACCGAACAGCUGCAGGUAAUCACUGACAGACUCGGGGAAGAGGGAAGACUGCUGUCUUCACUGACCUACCACCAGGCGGCAGCAGAGUCGCUGUCGCGCUGGCCGGGCGCUCGCCGGCCGCUGCUGCUGCUGGCAGCUGCCCAGCUGCUGGCCUGUCCGCUGGCCUGGGCAGCUGCGCGGGUAGCGGGCAGACGCAGCUGCCUGCUGGUCAGCCUGGGUCUCAGCGCGGCCGUCUGCGGUCUGGCUGCCUCGCUCCAGAGACGCGUGACGUCAAAUCUCACUCUAGACGCGCUGACGUUCACACUGGCCUUGCUGAGCGAGAUCAGCCUGCUGCUGCUGCUGCUGACCGGCUGCCGGCUGCUGCCCUCGCUGCUGUCCAGCCACGGCCUGCUGCUGCUGCGCUCAGCGCAACUGCUGGGCUACACCGCACUCCCGGCCCUAAACCUCCUGAUGCCGGAGUGGCGGCUGGCGACGCUGGCUGGCCUGCACGGUUUGGGAGCUGGAGCUGCACUGCUGCUGCCCGAGACCCUGCACCAGCCCCGACCCCGACUCCCGAGCGAGAGUCACAGCAUCCGCCGCUCACCCACCGUUUGA